GUGGGUGGAGGAAAAGUUGUGGAUCACUCGGAAGGGCGCGACAAGUGCCAAAGCCGGACAGCUGGGCAUCAUCCCUGUUAGCACAGGCACUGGCUCCUACAUAGUGCGUGGCGAGGGUGAGGCAGACUCCUGUCAGUCUUGCUUGCAUGGGGCUGGCCGAUCUAUGUCCAGGGCUGCUGCUUUCAGGAACAUCGACCCCAAGAGCUUUGCUGGGCACAUGCGCGAGCGUGGCAUA